GAGUGGAGAAACAGAAAAAGGAAAUGUCAUCUCAUCGUCACUGUCUCUCACUCUCGGUCUUCGUCAUCGUCUUAAUUUUCUUCUCGAGCUUGGUUUUGCCCUCCCAUGGAAGCGCAGAAGGAGGAGAAACAUCAGCCGUUGGAUUCGGAUACAGCGUCCAAUCCGUAGCCGUCGAUUCGGACCGGAAGAUUUUAACGGCGGAUCUCCGUCUGAUUAAGCCGUCGUCUUUUUACGGACCCGAUGUUCCUAGCCUUAUCCUCUAUGCCAGCUUGGAGACGAGCGAGCGUUUGAGAAUCAGAAUCACAGAUUCCGAACAACAGAGAUGGGAGAUUCCCGAAACCGUCGUACCUCGGCCGGAAAACCGCUCACCUCUUCGUUUCAUGUCGGAGAACCGUCAAGCUCCGUCGCAGAAGGGUCGGAGCUCAGCCGGAGACCUUUUACUGUCAGAUCCGUCGUCGGACCUCGUUUUCACCCUCCGUAACACCACACCCUUCGGCUUCUCCGUCUCCCGACGCUCCUCCGGCGAAAUCCUCUUCGAUACGUCGCCGGCGGAAUCAGAUCCCGACACUCAAUUGGUAUUCAAGGACCAAUUCAUUCAAUUAUACUCCGCGUUACCGGAAAACAGAUCGAGUCUGUAUGGACUAGGAGAACACACGAAGAAAUCCUUCAGGCUUGUUCCUGGCCACACGUUGACGCUGUGGAACGCCGACGUCGGCAGCGCAAAUCCGGAUGUCAACCUCUACGGGUCCCACCCGUUUUACAUCGACGUCAGAGGUCCGUCCUCUUCCGACGGAGGCGACGCGGAGGCAGAGGCGGGGACGACGCACGGAGUUCUGUUACUGAACAGCAAUGGCAUGGAUGUGUAUUAUGGGGGGAAUCGGAUUACUUAUAAGGUGAUCGGCGGCAUUAUCGAUCUCUAUCUGUUCGUCGGACCUUCGCCGGAGAUGGUGAUGCGUCAGUACACGGAGUUCAUCGGAAGGCCUGCUCCUAUGCCUUACUGGUCUUUUGGAUUUCAUCAAUGUCGGUAUGGCUACAGCAACAUUUCAGACAUCGAAUCUGUAGUUGAUGGGUAUGCCAAAGCCGGAAUCCCGCUUGAAGUCAUGUGGACGGACAUUGACUACAUGGACGCAUACAAAGACUUCACUUUUGAUCCUGUGAACUUCCCCGAAGACAGGAUGAAGUCUUUCGUGGACAAGCUUCAUGACAAUGGCCAAAAAUACGUGCUCAUCUUGGAUCCCGGUAUUAGUGUGAACAGCUCUUACGGGACAUAUAACAGAGGGAUGGAAGCCGAUGUGUUCAUAAAGCAAGAUGGUGUGCCUUACCUUGGCGAAGUUUGGCCCGGAAAGGUGUACUUCCCAGAUUUCUUGAAUCCAGACACAGCCAACUUCUGGAGCAACGAGAUCAAAAUUUUCCGAGAUGUUCUUCCUGUGGACGGUCUAUGGCUGGACAUGAACGAGUUGUCCAAUUUCAUAACUUCACCUCCAACUCCGGGCUCUUCCCUCGACGAUCCGCCCUACAAGAUUAAAAAUCUCGGAGGCAAGGCACAGAUAAACGAAAGGACAGUGCCUGCAAUGUCUGUACACUUUGGGAAUGUUAGUGAAUACAAUGCUCAUAACUUGAACGGCCUAUUGGAGGCUAAGGCCACUCACAAGGCUCUGGUUGAUAUAACGGGCAAAAGGCCGUUCAUUUUGACGAGAUCGACUUUCGUCAGCUCAGGAAAGUACGCUGCUCACUGGACAGGUGAUAAUGACGCCAAGUGGGAGGAUCUAGCUUAUUCUAUUCCUGGAAUUCUGAAUUUCGGGCUUUUCGGAAUUCCAAUGGUUGGAGCUGAUAUCUGUGGCUUCUCUAGCGAUACCACCGAAGAAUUAUGCCGCCGAUGGAUCCAGCUCGGGGCAUUUUACCCUUUCGCGAGAGAUCAUUCGUCAAAGGGCACGGCCAGGCAAGAGCUUUAUAUCUGGGAAUCAGUUGCUUCUGCCGCAAGAAAGGUACUCGGCCUCCGUACGAGGUUGCUCCCUCACUUGUACACGCUGAUGUACGAGGCUCAUACCAAUGGUGUCCCUAUCGCAAGACCACUCUUCUUUUCGUUCCCCAAAGACACAAACACUUAUGAGAUCGAUACUCAGUUCCUCGUCGGGAAAAGCAUCAUGGUAUCACCUGCGUUGAAGCCAGGAGCCGAGACCGUCGACGCUUAUUUCCCUGCCGGAAAUUGGUUCGACCUUUUUAACUAUUCUUACGCUGUCGGUGGGACUUCCGGUAAAUACGUGACUCUUGCUACUCCUGCCGACCAUGUCAACGUUCAUGUCCGUGAAGGAAGCAUUGUGGCGAUGCAAGGGGAGGCAAUGACGACGAGGGAAGCCAGAACGACGCCGUUUCAGCUACUGGUGGUGGCAAGCCGGCUAGAGAACGUCUCAGGGGAAGUGUUUCUGGACGACGGAGAGGACGUACGGAUGGGAGACGAAGGAGGGAACAGAAACUGGACACUGGUGAGGUUCCGGUGCAAGUUGGCCGGAAAAUCCGCGGUUCUGAGAUCGGAAGUGGUGAACGGAGAGUACGCGUUGAACCAGAAAUGGAUCAUCGGAAAAGUAACGUUCAUCGGGUUCGAGGACGUGGAAAGCGUCGGAGGUUACGAACUGAGGACAGGCGAUGGAUCGAAAGGCCUUAGGAUUUCGGUCGUGAAGACGUUUUCGGACAGUAGUAAUCCACGGUUUCUUGGCGUGGAAGUUUCUAGACUGUCUUUGCUUGUCGGAGAGAAGUUCCAGAUGAGAUUGAAGCUGAGUUAGGUAAAAGAAAUAUCUGAAGCUGAAGAAGAAGAAGAAUAUAAUGUGUUGAUGAUGAAAUUUAUCGGACACAAGAAUAAAAAUAAUAUAAACUCGUGAAUUUACUUCUUCAGUAUAUAAUAUGGACAUAUGAAUAAAACAAGUUAAAAUCAAAGUAUUUUUUAA